AUGGCAUAUUCAGCUGGUUUUACUCCAUACCAAGUAGCUGCUGGUGAUUUUAACAAUGACACCCUAUUGGACAUUGUCGUCACUAAUUCUGAUAACAACACUGUAAGUGUACUUCUGGGAUAUGGCAACGGCUCUUUUGCAAAUCGAGUAGAAUAUUCAACUGGCACUAAUCCAAUAUUUGUAGUUGUGGCUGAUUUUAACAAUGACACCUAUUUAGAUAUCGUCGUCACUAAUUAUUUGGAUAACACGAUAAGUGUACUUCUCGGAUAUAGUGAUGGUUCUUUUGCAAUGCAAACAACAUAUUUAACUGGCGACAGGCCAGCUGGUUUAGCUGUUGGCGAUUUCAACAACGACACUCGACAAGAUAUUGUUGUAAGUAAUUCUGGAAAUAAUACCAUAGGUGUACUCCUCGGAUAUGGUAAUGGUUCGUUUGCAAGUCAGAAGUCAUAUUCAACCGGUACUUAUCCAUUAGCUUUAGCUGUUAGUGAUUUUAACAACGAUACUCGGCCAGAUAUCGUCGUCACUAAUUUUAAUGGCAACACUGUUAGUAUUCUGCUCCGUUAUGACAGAGGAGCUAUGAAAAACGAAGUUACAUUUACGUCCAGUGCUGGUGCUCAUUUGGCAUGCGUUGCUGUUUCUGAUUUCAAUGGCGAUAGUCUAUUGGAUAUCAUCGUUGCUAAUUAUGGUAGUAAUAACCUAGGUGUCAGUCUUGGAUAUGGAAAUGGCACAUUUGAAAAUGAAAUGAUACUCUCAACGGGAUUAGAAUCUCAUCCUUACUCAAUUGCAAUUAAUGACUUCAAUAAAGACGGUCAAGUGGAUAUUGCAGUGGUUAAUCGUGGUACUAAAAGUCUUAGUACAUUUCUGGGAAAGGGAAACGGAACGUUUGAAAGUCAAACAAAUUAUAGCGCUAGUUUCAAUUUUGCUCCAUUGGCUGUUGGUGUUGGUGAUUUCAAUAGUGAUGGACAAUCGGAAAUUGUUGUUGCAUAUGAUGAUGCUGAUAAUUUGGAUGUCUUUGUUAUAUAUGACACCGGAGACUUUUCUCAUCGAACGACAUAUUCAACUGAUUCUUGGCCAGUCUGGAUGGCUUUUGGUGAUUUUAAUAAUGACGCCCAACUGGAUUUCGUUGUCAGCACUAGGUAUUACGAUAAUGUAAUUGUAUAUCUUGGAUAUAGUAAUGGCUCUUUUGCAAAUCCAAUGACAUAUUUAGUUGGAAAUGAACCAUACUAUGUAGCUGUUGGUGAUUUUAAUAACGACAGCCUACUAGAUAUCGUCGUCGCUAAUGUUGGUAACAAUUCUAUAAGUGUGCUUCUAGGAUAUGGCAAUGGCUCUUUUGCAACUCAAAAGACAUUUUCAGCUGGCUUUGAACCAUAUUGUGUAGCGAUUGGUGAUUUCAAUAACGACAGUCGAUUGGAUAUCGUUGUCGCUAAUCUUGAUAGCAGCAAUUCUAUAAGUGUGCUUCUAGGAUAUGGCAAUGGCUCCUUUGCAAGUCAAGAGAAUUAUUCAACUGGCUCUCGAUCAUGGUCUGUAGCUGUUGGUGAUUUUAAUAACGACAGUCGACUGGAUAUCGUCGUCGCUAAUUUUGAUAGUGAUUUCAUAAGUUUACUUGUCGGAUAUGGUAAUGGUUCGUUUGCAAGACAAGUGAAAUACGCCACUGGCACUACACCAACAUGUGUAGUUGUCGGUGAUGUUAACAGCGACAGCCGACUGGAUAUCGUCGUCACGAAUCGUGAUGACAACACUGUAAGUGUACUUCUCGGAUAUGGUAAUGGCUCGUUUGCAAGUCAGACGAUAUAUUCAACCGGUAAUAUGCCACUCAAAGUAGCAGUUGGGGAUUUAAAUAAUGAUACUCGACCGGAUAUUGUCACCAUUAAUUAUCGUGACAACAAUGUAAGUGUGCUUCUAGGAUAUGGCAAUGGCGUUUUUGCAAAUCAAAUGACAUAUCCAAUUGGCACUACUCCAAACAGUGUAGCUCUUGGUGAUUUGAAUAACGACGGUCGACUGGAUAUUGUCUCCCCUAAUUUUUACGGUAGAAGUGUAAGUGUACUGCUAGGAUAUAUCAAGCAAGCUUUUGUAAAACAAACGACGCUCAUAACUGGCAAUCGAUCUCGACCAAUGUCAUUCGCUAGUGGCUAUUUUAACAAUGACAAUCAAUUGGAUAUAGUAGUCGUGAAUUCGGGUACUAAUACCAUGGGCAUUUUUUUGGGAUAUGGCAAUGGCUCUUUCGCAAGUCAAACGGUAUUUCCAACUGGCUCUACUCCAGUGUCUAUUGCUGUUGGUGAUUUCAACAACGAUACCAUAUUGGAUAUCGUCGUUGCUAAUUCUGGCAAUGACACUGUUGGAGUAUUUCUUGGAUACGGUAAUGGUUCUUUCUCAAGCCAAAAGAUGUUUACGACGGGCUUCGCAUCUUUACCUCGCAUGGUGGCUGUUGGUGAUUUUAACAACGAUACUUUACUAGACAUCAUCGUUGCUAAUUAUGGCACCAAUAAUGUUGGUAUACUGCUUGGAUAUGGUAAUGGUUCCUUCGCUGGCGUAAAAGUUUUUUCGACCGAUUACGGAUCUCGUCCAUUUUUGGUUUCUGUUGACGAUUUUAACAAUGAUGGAAAGCUAGAUUUCGCAGUCGCUAAUAAAGGUGAUGACAAUUUAAAAAUUUUCUUACAGACUUGUUAA